CGACUGGCACAGCGAGCGGUCGAAUUUUUGAGUGGAUUUCGAACGAAAUUUGUAUACCCUUUUAGACGGUAAUUUUGUAACAUACGGCGGCCAUAUUAAAUAAAUCUUUGAUCCGAAUUAAUAUAGGAUUAUAAUUGCUUAAACGUCGGUUUAAGAUUAUAUCAAACAACUUUUAUUAAAACGAUAUGGUCAAUUUGUGUUAUAACUACAAGGAUAUUCAUAAUUCGUUUUGCUGAAGCUAACAAACGGAUCUGGGAUAAACUUUAAAAACUAACACCGACGUUUUGCAGCACUGUCACCCGUCAACUAUGAACAGGCCUCAGAUUAGAGUACUGAACUUUGGCGAUGGGUCCCUGCCCAUCCAUUUGGACUAUCCGGACUCGCGGGUCUUCAGCAACUGCUCCAGCUACGGCGACCGGGUACUGGGUCGCAACUGGAACGAGAUCACAGUGCACCAUCGCGGUCAGCUUAACUAUUUGGAGAAUCCGCAGCAGAUGAUCAUGGAGGGUCUGUACCAGGCGGUGGAUGGCGCAGAGUUCUAUCCGGUGUGCUACCAGUGCGGUAGCAAGGCGGAUACUUUACUGGCCCGCAACUGCAAGGCGGCUAUCGACAAUCUCUUUAAUCUGAAUCUCACUAUCAGCCUGGACAGUGGUGCGUCCAUCCCUAUCAGCGUCCAGCUAGGUGUGGCUGAGUACCGUGUCAACCAAAUAUCGCCGCCAUUUCUGAUCGCCCGGGUGGUCACCCAGCUGAUAACUCGUCUGGUGCAGAAGGACGGCGUGGAUGGACUGCUCAACCUGGAUAACUUUGGGGACCAUCCGGAGUUCCGAAAUAUUGUUGUGAGCCUGGGCAAUCCGAGCAUUCUGAUGAAUGUGUGCCAGGUAAUAAGGAACGACAGCGAAAGCUUUCGUGUGAACGGGUUCAUAUUGUCCAACAACCACAUCCGCAAUGUAAGACCGCUGACUCUAUUCGCUAAUGUGGACUAUGCGUUGCUAGACUUGAGUGGCAACAAGAUCAAGUCAGCCGAUCGCUUGUGUCGCGCCCUUGAACAAUUCCGGGCCAGAGAAUUGCGACUGGACAAAAAUCCCAUUGCAAGGAGUCACCAAUUUCCGGGGAACAUCAAGUCGCUAGGAAGGAACUUCAAGGUUGUGAAUGGUGUGCCCUUUGACAUGCUGUACAAGGCCUAUUCUCCGCUGGAUGGGGACAUCGAUUUGGAGACGGAUGGAUCACGACUCGACGCGAAUAACACUUGGAAGGUGUCUGAGUAUGAAAAUAGUCAAGACUGGCAUGCCUUUAUGGUUCCCGAUCCGGUUCACGAAUUCAGCCAGGAUAUGUUCUUUAACUUUUUCUUCAUUGGCCUGGAACCGGAGUUGAGCGAGUUCUAUCCCUGCUACUACAAAUACAUUAAAACAGACCACGUUUUCCUCGUACGCAAUUGCUUCGAUCAGAUAGCAAACCUGGUGAAGAAAUAUAACCUGGAAAUGUGGAUUCCGCCGGGAAUUAACCAUAAUGAGGGGCGAAUGUUCAGAUACUACCUGCGCAUGAACGUGAGCACUUUCAAACAGCAUCAUGUCGAUCCAGAGCAGUGUAUACAAAAGGCUGUCCAGAGUUGUUAUGUGCCCCAAAACCGUCUACUCAACCUUGAUCGGUUCCAGUCCAACGAGAAUCUGCAGAAUGUGGUGGUGCCACUAAGCUUGCCAAAGGUUUUGAACCAUAUACUGUCGGUUGCGUCGCGGCUUUUUAUGGCCACCUGCUCGGAAAUUCGCUUGUGCCGCAAUAAGAUCUUAAACGUGGAGGGAGCCCAUGUCCUGCGGCGGAUGGGCAAUCUGCGCGCUGUUGAUCUAAGCCAUAACUGGGUGCAUGAGCUGCCAAUGAUAACGUCUCUGGGUGAGCUACCCCUUAAAUCCUUGGUACUCCACGGGAAUCCCCUCUGCCGCAAUUACAGCCUACCCAGCGAGUAUGUCCGGGCAGUCACGGAGCUGUUCCCUCAGCUGACCACCUUGGAUGGCGUCGAUCUGCAGACAAAUCCCGGCCAAUCGCCGCAAAAGAACUUCCUUUGCGACACAGGCGCCUACGAGUUGGUGGGCGAAGUCUUCCUCAAAAACUAUUUGUUGGAAUUUGAGCGUGAGGAGGACCGUUGUAAUCUGAUCAAGUACUACUCCGCCGAUUCGCUUUUUACCUUGACAUGCAAUUACAGCCAUAACAUGGUGCAGAAUCACCAAACUGGUCAAUUAAUGCGUCGGCUAUCAGCAUACAGCAAGCAUGCACGAAAUUUGCACAGAAAGGACUCCUCGAAUGCUUCUAAUGGCGUGUAUGUGGGUUCUUCAGAGAUCGCUGAUGUACUGUUUCAACUGCCAAGGGUCAGCCACGACUUCGCUUCCCUGCAGACGGACGUAAUGCACUAUGAUGGUCAAACGGCGAUAAUCUAUGUUACCGGUCUGCUCCGUGACGAGGCAUCUGGUGGUUCCCGACCCAUCGGUGAUGUCUUGCUGGGCUUUAGCCGGCAGUUCGUAAUCAAGUUUGAUGGAGAUGGCCUGGGCUUGGGUAAAAGAGCUCGCAGACUGAAGAUUACAAACGAACGUCUUAACAUUAUGAAACCCUCGAACAAUAUGAUCAGAAACGCAUUCAGUGUGAAUUAUCCGAACCCAAGUGAACGUGAAUGUACGUUGGAAGAGGACUCCCUGGAUGUAAAGGACCACAAGCUUAUUCUCUUCCAAGAGGUAACCGGUCUCAUUUCCACCUGGUGCACAUCAAUUGUUGAAGAAGCCGAGUGGGACUUUGAGCGAGCUAUGAAGUUGUUUAUCCAAAAGAACGAAGACAAUGAGAUCCCUGAUUUAGCAUUCGCUUAAGAAUUUAUUUUAAUUGAAAGUUGUUGUUUUCUUCAUCUUAGAGAUGUAAAGGGUCCAUUGACCAUUUCAGGCCGUACCUCAUUGAUAAAAAAACUAUUUGAAUUACUGUUGCUACCAGUCUAAGGGCACUGAAAAGCCAAAGAAGUUCAUUAAAGUUCCUAGUAUUUAAAUAAAAUAUGAGUACUGAAAUUAAUGAACAUGAUUUUCAUAAAUCACAUUAUUAGUUGCGUUUUUGUGCAAUUAAAAUUUUCAGUUCUAUAAGUUAAUGUAAUCGUUUAUAUUUUUUUUAUAGUUUUGUGUAUUUAUUAUUUUGAUCCAUCUCUUUCGUUAUUUCGUCCCUUUGAAUAUUAUGUGAAAAUUUAAUUGAUAAUAAUUAAAAUGUCAAUAAUUUUCAGCAAUCUCUUGUAUUAACAAAAAACUUUCCGAAGUAAUCAGAAUGAAUCAAAAGUGGUUAGUUAUUUUGAACCAAACUCCUUAGGACAUAUAAAUUUUGACAUCCCAUUAAAACUGCCUUAAAUUACCAUUAAUAUGUUGUUUAGAUGGCCGAAAACAUUUAUUCAAUAAUUACGAGUUAAUCACGUGCAA